ACGCCCGAGUCAUGGCCAUGGCAUCCCUAACCGUGGUCGUAUAUAUAGCCGCGCCUGCAACCAUCUAACUCCCCCCGUCCUAUCCCACUUCCACUUCCUGCCCAACACGCCAUAGCCAUUCCUUCGCUUGCCUUCCCCGUGCAGCGAAGCGUUGCUCUUGCGUUGGCCAUGGCCGUGCAGGCGCCGCACCUCUCCCACCACGCUUUCCCCCACGACCUCCACGCCUUCAGGGAUAUGGAGGACGCGACGGUGGGUGGCUCGGUGUUCUUGGACGAGUACGGCGGGUGCGUGCCGGCGGCGGCGGGCGUUGUCGGUACGACGGUGCUCAGCCACUUACCGCGCAGCGAGCUCACCUGCAACUACGGCUUCGUGCCGAGGAAGCGGCCGCGCGUGGCGGCGGAGGGUUUCUUGGAGGAUCAGCGCGCGGUUCUGCCCGCGGCGAUGACGCAGGGGCUGGUGCCAGUGCCAGUCGGGGAUGUGCAGAUCAGGGCGGUGGGCUCUGGCGCGGCGUCCACUAGCGGGAGGGUGGCCAAUGGCGCGACCAUCUCACAGGGAAUCUUGUCGAGGCUCUACUACCAGGGCGUGGAGAUCGACGAGCUCAUAAGACUCGAGAGCGAGAAGAUGCGCGCGGGUCUGGAGGACGCGCGGCGGAGGCACGCCCGGGCGCUGCUGGCCACCGUGGAGCGCGCCGCGUCAAAACGGCUGCGCGCCGCGGAGUGCGAGCUGGAGCGCACGCUCCGUCGCAACGCGGAGCUCGAGGAGAAGGCCCGGCAGGUGGGCGCGGAGUGCCAGGCGUGGAUGGGCGUCGCCAGGAGCCACGAGGCCGUCGCCGACGGCCUCCGCGCCGCACUCGACCAGCUGCUCCAGUGUCCCUGCCCGGCCGCGGCCGUCGGCGAGGGUGAGGCCGAGGACGCGCGGUCUUGCUGCUUCGAGGCGCCGGCGGCGGACGCCAACGACGAUGCCGCUUCCAGGUCCUUAGCGGCGGUGGCGUCGUGCAAGUCCUGCGGCGGCGGCGAGGCGUGCGUGCUGCUGCUGCCGUGCCGCCACCUGUGCCUGUGCCGCGCGUGUGAGGCCGCUGUGGACGCGUGCCCCGUCUGCGCGGCCACCAAGAACGCCUCGCUCCGUGUCCUGGUUUCUUGAAGCCUACCGCGUCCGUGCGUGCACGCGCGGAAGACUAUCGCCCGCCUUCCUCCAAGUGGCCAAGAGGCAAGACGCUUCCUGUUUCCUGCUUCUAUGCCAGAGCACGGUACAUGCGGCACUUGAGCAGCUGAGCCACGCCGUCCUCUUUCCGAAUUUGCAAGCUUGCGAAUUUGCAGAGUUGCAUGCUGAAAUUCCGAUACAUGGAGGCUGACAUCCCAAGGGAAUCGUGCGAAGGUAGUUCAAUUUACCGGACCGGCAGAGAUGAGUACGAGCAAGCGAUGUCGAACGAAAGGCACCGUUCUUACACAGAUUUGGCCCUCCGUGGAGACAGCGCUGAAGAUUGAUCAUCUCUGGGGUGUAAAAAACGCACUUGUUGUCUGGUGGGGAAAUCAUGCAGGGCCCUCGUAUGCAGCUUGAAUGCUCUUCAGAAGAGUGGUUUGCUGGCUCGGAGAACAAUGACAAGAAAUUCUCGAUCCGUAUGAACCAAUCCCAAGCGAUUGGUGUAACUAUGCUUUGAUAACGUUGUUAUGGGAGGCGAAUAGAGGUGUUCCACGGAGCAGGAGGAGACGAUCGUGAGGAUUUAGGUUUUGCACAUUCCUAUACGCCAAAUAUCACACUAAGUUGUGAAUGGUAAAAACAGUAAAAUGGUAUUACUGAUUGGAGCCUGCACAUGGUAAUUUUUCCAAAUGUGGUACUGACCUGGAGAAGCUGUAAAAUCUCAAGAAGCACAUGGGAGGACCUGCAAUUUUUUUUU